AUGACUAAUGCGGCCAUCCCUUACGAAGGUCUUCCUAAUGCAAAAGUAAAAGAGAUGAUGUUGCAAGGUAAGCACAACAAGUUUCCACCAGAAACAGAUCCAGGAGUGGUAAAAUUAGUAGAGACGAGAUGUUGGUUAAGGGAUCCAGCAAGCAGAUGCACAAUGAAUGAGGCCGCAAAAGUCAUGGUGACCCUGACAGGAAUACCCCGACCUCCAAUGAGUACAUACACCUCAAGAGAAAUUGUACCCAGAAAAUCGUCGUCAUUAAAACUGAAAUCAAGUCGAGCGAAGUCAAUGCUAAGUAAACGUAAUCUAGAAGCUCGAGUCAUUGUCUCCGAUCCACACCGUAGAAAAGUCAAGUAAAU